ACAAAAAAAUAGAAAAAUAACGCGAUAUAAUUUGACUCCUUGCAUCUACGCAUACAUAAGGGGUAUUACGGAAGAAAAUUCAUAUAUUCUUGUCUGGCGGUUUCAAAUUAUUAAUAAAACGGUUUAUUACCCCUCGUUACACACCUUUUUUAGACGUUAUCUUAUUCAUUAUUGCUUUUUUCUAUUCGUUUAAUUAUAAUUUGGCAAAGUGCGUGGUGGCGUGCAACUCUGUUCUUCUGGUUGAUAUAUAGCACGUCAUGGAAUGCGUGAAACGCGUCAACGAAAUACUCUUGGAAUUUAAGUGUUACGUGCAUCAAGGAUGUAACGACGCGACAAAAGAAUUCAUAGAGGCGGUAAACAAAUGUCGCGCCGGUCGACGGGCUGGUCCCGUAUCCUGGGGUACGGCUGUCAAGUUCCUGGCAGCGCGGAAGUUCGAGGUCGCUCGAGCCCUAGCUUUAUACGAGCAGCACGAAGCAACGAGGAGAAGGGAAGGACUGGCGCGAUUAAAUCCUACCCAAGAACCACUCCAGAGCGAACUUCGUACCGGGAAAUUCACCGUUUUGCCUACUAGAGACGGCACGGGGGCUGCCAUCGCUAUAUUCACAGCUCACCUGCACCUUCCACAAAAUACAUCACAUCAGACGACUCUUCAGGGUGUCGUUUACCAGCUGGAUGCUGCCCUGGAAAGUGCGGAGACGCAACGUCACGGUCUUGUCUUUAUUUACGACAUGUCCGACAGUAAAUAUCAGAACUUCGAUUACGAUCUCUCGCAGAAAAUCCUCACUCUUCUGAAGGGAGGAUAUCCGGCUAAGCUGAAGAAGGUUUUGAUAGUCACAGCGCCGCUUUGGUUCAAGGCGCCGUUCAAAAUCCUUCGCCUUUUCGUAAGGGAAAAGCUCAGGGAUCGCGUAUUUACAGUGUCCAUUCCUCAGCUAACACUUCACAUACCGAGAGAAUCACUUUCCCGCCGAUUGGGCGGCACCUUGGAGGUCCAGCAUGACGCGUGGCUCCUCCACUGUCUUAAGUCAAUGACUAACCGGGGCGGGGGUGAACUAUGCGAGGUUGCCCCCGGCGCGGUCGCCCCGUUAUCUCCAUCCUCGAAAAUCCACACUCAGCAACAAAAUUCUAAUGGCACGACGAUUAGCAGCCCAACUAGUCCAGUAAACGACAAGCCAAAGGCCAAGAAUGGCGUUGCUAACAUCAGCGAUAUUGAAAUAUCGAACGGAGAUGCGAACGGAGAUAUUUGGACAGGAAGUGACGAGGCUCUGUCGCCAGUUCAACCACCGUCUUCCGCAAGUUCCGGUUUCAGCGACGACGACAGCCUCCACGGUGACCUUGGUCUGCAAGCUGUUUCCAUGGAACAACUCAUCGAGGCUGUUCACACGAGGGGAAGAGCUGGACUGGUUUCGGAGUACAUGGAAAUUAGGCAAAGACCGCCAGACGGUUCCUUCAACCACGCAAAACUCAGAUCUAACCAGCCGAAAAACAGAUAUACGGACGUUCUGUGCUACGACCACAGCAGAGUAUGUUUGUCCCAGAUCGACAACGAUCCUUCUUCAGAUUACAUAAAUGCGAACUUUGUUGACGGUUACAAACAGAAGAACGCUUUCAUCAGUACGCAGGGUCCAUUGCCAAAGACUUGUGGAGACUUUUGGAGAAUGGUCUGGGAGCAGCAAAGUCUUGUCGUCGUCAUGACCACCAGAGUGGUAGAACGUGGGCGUACCAAAUGUGCGCAAUAUUGGGGACCCGAACCUGGCGAGGAAGUUUCCGCGGGGGGAUUUACCGUCACAACUCUUGAGGUUGAAACAAAUCCCGACUACACGAUAUCAAUGCUACUUCUCACCAACGACAAGACGGAAGAAACCAGAGAAGUUUGUCACAUGCUUUACACAGCCUGGCCAGAUUAUGGAGUUCCACAAUCUGCCAAAGCCCUGCUACAGUUUUUGUCAUUGGUAAGAGAACAACAGAGUAAACUUUUGACGAGUCGAGGUGACACAUGGGCUGGUCAUCCUCGGGGACCUCCAAUUGUAGUACACUGUAGUGCUGGAAUCGGAAGAACAGGAACCUUUUGCACUUUGGAUAUUUGUAUAUCACGCUUAGAAGACACGGGGACAGUCGAUGUCAGGGGGACAGUUGAGAGAAUUCGAGCCCAGCGGGCAUACAGUAUUCAGAUGCCCGACCAAUACGUAUUUUGCCAUAGAGCACUUGCGGAAUAUGCGCUCUCUCGCGGUAUGCUGAGUCCACAACACUUGGCUAUGCUGCCUUCAACCAUUGAAGAGGAUUCCGACUAAUCUUUAGAAAUUUAAUUAUAUUAUUACUAUAUGUAAGAACCCGACCGAACCCUUCGUCCUGUCCUUUAACUCACAGGGUCUAUUAUGCCACAUGCGGAGAAACAUGGCGUAUAGGUAAUCCGUUAGAGCUGAGCCGUUAGGAACGCUGUUGUUUCAGCAAACUGUACAUUUACCAAUUCUUGUUGACCGAUAGAGAUGAGGUAAUCAUAAAUUAUUGACAAAGAAAAAAGAAGAAAAAGAGUGACCGUAAGUUUACUGUGUUCUUACGCUUCGGCUUUAGGAAAAUUUUCAACACGGUUAACUCUGUCACCGAUCAUGUGAGUCUCUCAGUUUCAAUCCGACAGAAAAAUUAACAAUUAAUAACUAAUGAAAAUAACUUCCACGACUUCCAGUAGACAGAAAAUCGUACAUAUUUUGUACGUAGCUACGAUACGGCUAAGCCAUUUUUGGAUAACCAAAGAUUAUCCGUUUUAUUGUAUUCAUCUAGGAAUGGAAUACCUAAUUCGCAUAAGAAUUUUCCAAAGAUUGGAGUUGGUUGGCGAACUCCUAUUUGAAAAAUUGAUGCGGCGUACUUCGAGUUCGUAAUGUUGAAGUGCCAAGGCCACUGUGAAGAAAAAAAAAAAAAAAACGAAACCUGCAUGACAGAGGUACCUAUGAUGAAAAGGUUAGUAUCGCGUAAGUCUGGAGUAAGGCAAGAACUGCGUAUAAUCAGGAGUAGAACAGAUUUGAACGAGAUCAACAUUGAAUUAAUCCUUAGGUUAUAGAGUAUUGCGACUGAUGGAAUUUAAUCAGGAUUUAGUAAAACAAUUAAUCGGACUGAGCACAGAAAAUUUCUACAUAAAGGUAUUCACGAUAAUAAAAUAAAAGUAUACUCAUUUUUGCGAGGAUAGCAAACUUUAAGUUGAUAUAACUUUCAUGGAAAUGUAUAUUUAUAACUAUACUAGGCUUAGAAUAUUAAGGAAUGAAAAGAUGUUUUUUUUUUUUUAAUCAAUAUCCUUGUAAGUAUAUCGGCAUUUUUAUAAUUCAGCGCUAUCUAUAAUCAGAUAAAAUUUAUCAACCGAAUUGAUAUUCAUUUUUCAACAUUCACGCAACCAUAUUCACAAUGAUUUUACGCUGUUGAUAUUAAAAAGUUAUUAUUGAUAAUUUAUUUCAAUCUUUUGAAUACACCUCAAUUGUAGGACAGUUUUCGAAUUUAUUUAUAUAUCCUGCUGAUUUUAUUAUGUUUUUGUCCGAUAAUUGUGUAGGUUAUUCACAGAUCACUGACUGCCACUAUAUCAUUAUUCGUAUCCAAGUUGAUUGAGCUUGAAUGAUAAAAUUUUAAAUCUGAUCAUUUCAAAUAAUCAAUGAAUUCGUACUACUCGCAAUAAACUUUGCCAAUGGGCAAAACCCGUGUCUACUAUCUGUUUUAUUAUCUUGAUAAGAAAAUAUGUAUCACACGCAUCUGUUGUGUAAAUGGUAAAAUUGUUUUUUCUUGUAAAGAAAAUUCUUAAAAUUGAACAUCGAAGAAUGAGAUUAAAUUAUUUAUCACGUGUUCAAUUAGUUGUCUGUGAAAUGUUCCUGUGUCGAUUUGGAAAAUUUGAUAACAUUAAAUCAGUAUCGGAAAAAUUGGAUUGCUUCGGUCCCGGUUUUAAUAAUUCAUAUAUCUACGUAAGUUUUUAAGAAUUAUUUCAUAUACCCUUGCAGGUACUAAUUAUGGGCAUAUUUUUAUUUAAUUAAUGAUAAUAAUUAUGUUGAUAAAAAAAAACUAUUUAUUAAAAUAUCGAUACAAGUCUAAUUGCAAAUCACUCCUUUUUUUUAGUUAUUUUUUCCCCUCUUGUUGUUUUAUUUUUCAGUUAAGAAAUUGUAUUUGCUGAUUCACUUCGUUCACGAUAGCGUUGAUUUAUUAAUCAGUAUAAGAUAUAUAUAUAUAUAUACACCAGUAUUUCUUAUGCGCUGAAGAUGACCGUUGAUACAAUUGAUAAUUAUGAUUAUUAUAGAAUGAAUGCGUAUAUCGUGAAUUAAAGAGAUUUUAGCUGCGACUCGAUAUUCAUUUACGGUUAAAUUUACAAAGUUGAACCAGCAAAUGCGACAAAUAACGAGGAGUAGUGUAGGAUCUCUCAAUAGAAUUUGAUAAAUUGAUAUCUUUCUAUUUCCAUUUAUAACUUUGAACUGCUGUAAUUGUAGUUAUACAGCUGGGUAGAUAAAAACAGUCGAUUUCCCGUUGUAUUCAAAUUUGGUGGCGAUGUGGCAUUGUUUUCGUUCGCGGGACAUCAAUGAAAUGAUUGCCCCCAGCUUAGAGUGUUGACAUUCAAAAUUUAGACUCUGAACAAUUAUGAUAACUAUUGAAGAUGAAUGAAAUAAAACAUUUAUUGAGUUUAAAAAGAUAAAAAAAUAACCACGUUUCCCAAGCAAAAUAAUUAGAUCAUGAAGAUGUACCGCCGAUUUAAUAACAAAUUUCACACAUCAACUCUGCCAUGCAACGAAAUUGUAUUUUUGCGCUAUUUUUGGUUUCGAAAUGGACUGGACUAUCCAAGUAUGUUGUACAUCUGUGUAACUUUUGAAUGAAUUGUAAAUACUAUGCCUUCAAUUACCGUAAUUGUACCUAAUUAAUUUAAUAUAUUGCAAAAAAAAAUCAUUUACGUACAUCAUUAUUUGAACUGAAAGAAGAGAAAAACAAACCAGAAAAAAAAUAUCAAAAAUAUACGUUUAGAAAUAAAGCAAUUUCGUAUUUUAUUAUGUCAGACCAAAAAGUAAUUGAAUUAUGUAAUUUAUAGCACAAAGUAAACAUUUAUCUCUCUUAGGUCUUGAACAUGAAUUUCUUGUCAAGUGUCUAAUACUUUGUACCGUACUAAUGCCGUAUCACUUUGAUCCCCACUGGAUUGAUUGGUCUGCAAAGUUACAGAUGCUUAAAAACUCAAUAUAAUCAUUAAAUAAACACUAUGUAAUAUUGUUGUAAUUCUGAAUGUUGGUUGUCAUAUCAAUUAAUGGUUGAAACAAAGAUAAUUCUCUACACCGAAAUAGACACAUACUUUACCUUGUUACUGAUCAUUACGUAUUACGUGAAAAAACACGCAUUUAAACAUCCCAUUCGAUUUGUGAUAUAACUAAUAGAUGAAAUCUUUGUGAGCUCGAAAUUAUUUUUGUGAGACACUUUCAAUAUUUUUGCAUUCUGCAGUGAAAUACUAAGAUUGAAAAAAAGUAUAAUAAUAACUAUAAUAAUAGUAAUAAAAAAAAAGUGAGUGAAUAUAGAAAACUAUUUCCUUGUAAUUGUGCUUGACAACAACUAUACCUAGGCUUAAAUUAUUAAAGUCAGUUGAGACAAUAUUUGGCACAUUCUAAUUUCAUUAAACUUUGUACAUGUAUUAUGUAUAUACUACGAUAUAUAAUACAGAUGUACCUAUAUUAUGCGAGCUGUCGCUGAUGUUUUAAUGUAAUUAAAAAAGACUUGUUGGAGUGUCAACGGAAAAAAUGCGUUACCGGUGAAUCAUGGCAGCUGCUUUCGCGGCGUGAAAAUGAUUGAUUGGAGAUUUCGUUUUUUAAAUCUUUUACAAAAACAGGAAAUAAUGAUAAUGGCUUCGAAAUGACAAUAACUCACAGUUAUUACCCUCGUUACGAUUUUUUCACUAUUCUUGAUUGCAUUAUUGUUGGAUUAUUAUGUCGGGAAAUUUCACACUGUAUUAUCUCAUGGAUCGGUCACAAUUAUGGAUUUCGAAUAAAAUCAAUCGCUUACAAUGGUGUUGAAAACUCGAAGGUGAAACGAUGAUGUACUGAAAUUUGAACUAUAGAUACACUGAUGGUACGACGAUAGGCUGAUCUACACCCAUAGUUUUAACGAUGCAAUAUCCUAGUAUGAUCGACAAAAACAAAAUUAUAGACAUACGUCGUUAUAGAACUUGUAGUCGCGGUACACACACACACGUAAUGAAUUCUGUUAACCGUAUAACCUUAGACAUCUGUCUAUACGCAUCGUUUUAUAUAUGGAUGUUACAAACUGUUGUACAUAUUCCGAAUAAAUAUUAAAUCAGUAAU